UAACAAUGCCCAAUCUGGUUGGUCAACAUGAGUAGGUACAACACACUUAGGAGAAAUGGGAUAUGGUCUUAAUGCCCUGAAUAAAACCGCAACCACCAAAUCAGAAGAGGGAAGUAUAGUAAGAUAGAUGGAGUCAUUUGAGAGAUAAAGAAGAAAAUGAAAAAUGAUACACAAAGGACUUCACAAAUGAAUGUUCCAGAAAAUCGGAUAGCAUCAAUAUUAAAUGUCAUAUAGUUCACUAAAACCAUACAUCUUGGCAAGGUAAUGGACAAGUUUGUUUCAGCUUGUCUGGGAAACCUAAAAACUUAUGUAGGGAGCUUCUAGUAGUACAUGACUAGAAAGUUUAGCAGGCAACACGUAAAUAUAUUUUGAUGCAGAAAAAAACUUAAAAUAACAAAAUAGUAUGAAUCAAUGUAGUCAAAUGUGCGUUUUCACCUGUCCAAUCAAACUAAGGAAGUUUUUCACUUCGAUCUACCCUUUCCUCAUAUAAUAUAGCCAACCCUCGGGCAAAUUUGACUUCGCAUCAUCUUUUCCUGUCCCAAUGGAGGACAACUUCACUUUCAGAUGAACAGAUUUAUGAGUACUCCAAACAAUACUGUGUGCUCUAAAGAGCCAUAGUAUCAUGAAUUUUAAUGCAUCUGAGAACAAUACUGUGUGCUCUAAACAACCAUAGUAUCAUGGCCAAUUCCUUUUCUAGCUUUCAUAUGGUACAAGGACAUGAUGAAUCACAGGACACAACCUUUCACAAUGAUACCAGAAGCAACGACCUACUUGGGAAUAUUCCAAACUGCAACUGUAAAUAAAGACUUUGAUCCACAAUAUCGAAUCGAAGUGAUUCACCACCACAUAAUGAAGGGUGCGGAUGUAUAACAACACUUAAAGUGUUGUUAUACUAACAACAAGAGCAUAAUAGUAAAAGAUCAAUAAAUAUAACAAAUUAAAAAUAAAUAAACAAAAUCUAAAUACCCUAAGCGUGUUUUAUUUAUCUCUCUUCCCAGCAACAGCGGCUAGAUCUGUACCUCUGAACAACAAUUUAGUUUUCUUCUCCGAUGCCAAUCCUCUGUCAUCGCCAUCGCACCGGUCCACUCUCUCCCGACCACAACCACACCGCCGACGAUGAGUUCAGUGCGACGACGAUGGAUACGGAGAGCGCCGCGGUGGCACUGGUGUGCUACCAGCAGAAGGUCCCUUUCAUCAGUCGUCUUCAAGACUUGGAUUCCGCCAUGCGAUCAGAAAUCGUCGAGGCCAUAGCCAUGUCGUCUCAGAUCUGGAGUCGUGAUGUGUGGCGGCGGCGAUUCAAGGCAGCUCUUCCGCCGACCGUUUCUCUGAUCAUCCCCUCUCCUUUCUGACGUCGACGACGAUCUUUUUAACCUCAACUAAUGGUAUGCUCCUCUGCCCCGCUUUUUACCCGCCGCUGCCGCCUGGAAAUCAACUUUGUCAUUUCUCCCCCGUUGAUGGCCUCCUCCGUUGUAGAUCUCAUUACAAUUUACACCUCCGUUGGAGUGUAUGAUGAAUCCAGAGUCGUCAACUCGCUGGACCCAAGGUUAAGAGAAGGGGAGGGAGAGGUGUUGGUAUCAAAAUCGGGAACGUUGUAAACUCGUGCUUCUCUUCUUGGAUUCUGUUACGUGCAGUUAGUGGGCCGGAUAUGGGGGGAUUUUGAUUGUUAAGUGGGUAUUUGGGAUUAUCUCCAGUAGCUUAAUUUUAGGAUUAGUGGGUUGGUAAUUUUCUUAUUUAAGUCAACUAGAAGGAUGUAAUCAGGGGGAAUAACAAUCACAGUGUCGAUUACUGUAGGAGGCCAGCUUUGCCUCAAAGAAGCCAAACCCCAAUCCAUCUUCUCCUUUCCAACGUCCCCAUAACUCCACCAUAGCUCCAAAGAAGCAAAAUCCCAUCAAGCCUUGGCCGCUAUCCGAGCCACAAGGGCUUGAAACUCGAUCCCAAAUAAAAGCACACAACAACUUGGUAUCAGAGUCGGCCGCUUCUGCCGCUGUGGAGGCUCAAAUUGAUCAACUCGAAGAUUUAUUGCGACAAGAGAUGCUAUUAAAUGAAACGAGGAGGCAAGAGUUGCAGCAGGAAAGCCAAGAGAAUUUCGCUACCCUCAAUGCACGACUUGACCAGCUCUUUGCACGCCGACGGGAGGGUGACGAACAACAUCUUCAGAUUUUCAAUGGAGGUCUGAGAAACAGGCGCCUUGAAGGUCACCAUCCUGGAAUCAAAAUUGAUUUCCCACGCUUCCUCGGAGAGGAGGAUCCGACGACUUGGAUCUGCAGAGCUGAGAAAUUUUUCCAGGUAGUGGGCCGUAUUUGGGGGGAUAUUGAUUGUUAAGUGGGUAUUUGGGAUUAUCUCCAGUAGCUUAAUUUUAGGAUUAGUGGGUUGGUAGUUAUUUUAUUUAAGUCAAUUAGAAGGAUGUAAUCAGGGGAAUAACAAUCAAAGUGUCAAUUAUCGUAGGAGGCCGGCUUUGGCUCGAAGAAGCCAAACCCCAAUCCAUUCUCCUUUCCAACGUCCCCAUAACUCCACCAUAGCUCCAAAGAAGCAAAAACCCAUCAAGCCUUGGCCGCGAUCCGAGCCGCAAGGGCCUGAAACUCGAUUCCAAAUAAAAGCACACAACAAAUUCUCAUAUUCCCAUAAUUUUUCUUAAGAUCUCGACCUUCCUUUAAUUUUGUUUUAUUGAUUGUUAACGCUGCUGCAAUAUGUAGGGAGAGAGUUUGCCGCAGUUGUUUGUGAUUUCUGUCUCUACUCAAUUUUGUUGUGCAAUUUUUUUUAAGAAUCUCGUGUUGCCGAAGGAAAGUCUUCUCAGGUUGUCGCUGCUGCUUUAGGUUGAUAUUGGUUUGUUGAUUUUAUUUCCAAACCACUUCAAAUCAGAACUAUCUAAAAGUACCACAAAUGUCGGGAAACGCACUAGAAACUUCUUAAUACAAACCACAAUAAACACCGUGAAACAAACAUAAAAACACUCCAGAACCCUUCUAAUAUAAACCACAAAUCGCCUAAAAUAUACCAAAAGCACAACAAAGCAAACCACAAAUAUUUAUAAAACACACUAGAAAUCUCCUAAUACAAACCACAUACGCAAUAAAACAAACCACAAAAAGUAUACAAGAAACCUCAUAUUGCAAACCAAUUGUAGACACCACUUUUUGUCCGGGUUAAAACCUUUUUACUUAAAUAAAAUUUAGUUUUUAUU